AUGAUGUCACCAGAGAAUUCACAUCAGGAGGGCUUGUGGAUGGGCUAUGAUACUGUCAUGCCAGCCGCCGCCAGUACAGUCGAAUAUCUCAAACGUACCGGGCCCCGCGUCCCCAAACCCCCAGAAGAGACUGCUUUCGCCUACGCCGAGAAAGCAACCCCGUUCGAGUGGACGAAGAAAGCUCCAGAGCAGCGGAAAUACUUUGACAGUUUCGUGACAGGACGCCGCAAAGAAAUUCAAAAACCUAAAAAGGGGCCCGGUAGCCCUGAGAUGCGACCAAAAGAAUGCUAUUUUGCGCCAUUUUGA